GGCCCCGCCUUCUCGCGACGCCCCUGGCGGCCACUUUUCCCGCCUCCUCCUGGGCCACGCAGCGGAGCCCGGUGACAGUUGAGGAUGGCCGGAGCCGAGAGCCCCGCCGGGUGCCAGGCGGAGCUGGAGCCCGUGGUGUCGCUGGUGGACGUGCUUGAGGAAGACGAGGAGCUGGAGAAUGAGGCGUGCGCCGUCCUGGGCGGCAGCGACUCGGAGAAGUGCUCCUACUCGCAGGGCUCAGUGAAGAGACAAGCACUGUAUGCCUGUAGCACCUGCACACCAGAGGGGGAAGAACCAGCGGGGAUUUGUCUAGCUUGCAGUUAUGAAUGUCAUGGAAGUCAUAAACUAUUUGAACUAUACACAAAAAGAAAUUUUCGUUGUGAUUGUGGAAACAGCAAGUUUAAAAAUUUGGAAUGCAAAUUAUUUCCUGACAAAUCAAAGGUAAAUUCUUGUAAUAAGUACAAUGACAACUUUUUUGGCUUAUACUGCGUUUGUAAGAGACCUUAUCCUGAUCCUGAAGAUGAGGUUCCAGAUGAGAUGAUACAAUGUGUGGUCUGUGAAGACUGGUUCCAUGGCAGGCAUCUUGGUGCCAUUCCCCCUGAGAGUGGGGAUUUUCAGGAAAUGGUGUGCCAGGCUUGUAUGAGGCGCUGUUCUUUCUUGUGGGCUUACGCUGCCCAGUUGGCAGUCACCAGGAUAUCUGCUGAGGAUGAUGGGCCACUGCUGAAUGCUGCUGGGGUGGCAGAUCAAGAUGUUAUCAAGCCUGAAAAUGGAGGUCCCCCAGAUGACACCCUGAAAGAGGCUGUUCCAGAGCACGGAAGGGACUCUGGCCAGGAGGGGAAAGCUGAGCAGGACGAGGAGCCCUGUGCCAGCUCUGGCUCUGAGCCUGCCCGCCAGACAGUGUUUAAGAAUGAAAAUAUCAAAACUGAGCCACAGUCCAGCUGCAGACUUCAGGAACUCCAAGCCAAGCAGUUUGUAAAGAAAGAUGCUGCCACCUAUUGGCCUUUGAACUGGCGCAGCCGACUGUGCACCUGCCGAGACUGUAUGAAAAUGUAUGGAGAACUAGACGUCUUGUUCCUGACGGAUGAGUGUGAUACAGUUCUGGCUUAUGAGAACAAAGGCAAGAGUGAGCAGGCAACUGAGAGACGGGACCCUUUGAUGGACACCCUCAGCAGCAUGGAUCGAGUCCAGCAAGUGGAGCUCAUUUGUGAAUACAAUGACUUGAAGACCGAACUUAAGGACUACCUGAAGAGAUUUGCUGAUGAAGGCACGGUUGUUAAGAGAGAAGACAUUCAGCAGUUCUUUGAAGAGUUUCAAUCAAAAAAGAGAAGGCGAGUGGACGGCUUACAGUAUUACUGCAGCUAAAGUGGAGUGCCUUGCUUCCUCAGCCAGGGUCAUGAAAUGCCACUGUUCCGGAAUAAAGAGACCUGUGUCACACUUGGUCCCCUUUCCAUCCCCCCCCCCAACCCCCGUGGCCUCGGGCUCUUCUCCUUAACAGUAGCUGCAGUGUUUACGCUGAUCUCUCAACAAGUAUCCUCUCUGACUCCGCUCAUUCCACAGACUUCAGCUUUCCUGCCCAGGAUACCUAGGAUUUUUAUGUUUUACGAAGUUUGUUUUGAUCUUACGAAAGCAAAUUAGCUUCUUUUCUAGCAGUUUGUUCCGUGACUCCCACAUGUAUGUCUACAGAGCUAUUGCUCCCUGGGUCUUCUGUGUCUUGCAGGUUCUCUUCCUGUCAGCCCCAAACCUCUGGGGAAGAAUCCCCCUGCCCCAUGAUCACAGUGCCUUGGGUCAAAGCUUCCUCAGCCUGUUCUGCCAGUGCUCUCAGUGCUUUCUGAGAUUUGAUCAUGGCUGGAAGUGAUUGGGAACUUUUCUUUGUACCAACCUUCAGAGUAGCCAGGACUUAUGUUGAUGUCUGUUGGAGGCUGGCUCAUGGCAGGAUUGAGGAAGCAAGCCUUUGUUCUGAAUUUCGCUAAUUUAAAGUGAAAUUUCAUAACCAUUCUAGUGGCCCUCAUCCAUCAGCGUUAGUGCUGUAAUACUCCCAGGGCUUCCAGGGAACCCACUAGUGUGAGCCCCUCUGCUGCUGCCUAAACAACCAGAUCCUACCCAAUGUGGGUGCUUUACAGAGUCCUCUGCUUUCUUACAUUAUCAGGGAUAUGCAUAAGCAUAUAUUUAAAAUGGACCUAUUUUGAUACUGUUCUGUUAGAAAAAUGUUAUUGGAACCCUGGUAAGUUAUUUUUUUCCCGGAAUCUGCUGAAGACAAAGAUACUGAGUGACCGUAGUGGUAGUAAGUGGGGCAGUGACAGCCCUAUUAGAGACGGAGGAUUCCAGGCAAAGCCCUCCGCUACAUUCAUGUUGUGUGUGUAUGUAAACAGUGUGCACAGUCAUGCCCUCCUGACUGGUCUGAAGGUCUUCAUGGAUUAUUAUAUAAAGUUCUGUGUUUGAGGGAAGUAUUUCAGAUGGUGUGAAGUGUUUUCAAGCUCCCUCAGUCUAUGUGGAAAACAUCUUUGAUCCACAAAGACCUAAGUUGCACCCUCAAGAGGAAAAAGGUCUUCCCUUGCACACUGUGAGGUAAAUAUUUUUGCGUAUGAGCAGCAGGUGAAUGCAUGAAUACUCCGAUUCCUGGACAAGAUGAUGUAGCCUACAAAUCAGGCCUCAGGAGAUGGCAUGGCUCCUGGACUGUAUACAGCUUGCAAUCUUCUAGUGACAGACCCUGUGAAGACUGCUAUGUGGAGCUGGAAGGUUCUUCUGGCUGCAGGCAAAGCCUGUGUGCACUGAGCUGGCCUAGAUUGGGCCCAGCCAAAAACCCCAGGUCCUACAGCCUAGGGAUCUUCCAAGUCUGAGGAUAUUUUCACUUUGAGAGUUGUACUUUCCAUGUACCAGCAUGUCCUCAAAACUUCUAUAUUCCCAGAUGUCAGAUUUAACUACCAAAAAGUUCCUGUCUGCCCUUGAUAGGUCAGAACCAAGGCUUAGCAGCAGUGUCAGUGAGAAGCAAAAAUACAAACAGCCCAUGUUGAAGGGCUUGCCUAAGAAAGUUUCCCUACUUAACCAGAAAACCUCCUUUUGUACCUGUUCACAACUAGUUUUCUUACUGACUAUUCUCGUAGAGAUGGUUUGGGCCAACAUGUGGCAGUUGAUAUUAAUGCAUGUUUUAUGCAGAAGAAAAUGUGAUACUAGUUGCUUUUAAGGAAUUCUGGCAUUGUAUGUACAUUUUUGUAGAAAUUCUUACUCAACAUACUUCAAUCAGGUUUCUGUAAAAUCCAAAUUAAACCUAUUCAAAAUA